AUGACGCUUAAUGGUUUGGAGAGAGGAAUCUCCAGAGAGCUGAGGGACAUGUGGCAAAGAUACAAUCUGGCUGUUAUGCUAGCAUCCUUCUUAUUUUUCCAAACCUGGGGACUGGACACAUCAAAGCCCAAUAUUUUGCUAAUAAUGGCAGAUGACCUUGGCUACGGUGAUUUGGGCUGCUUUGGUAAUACCACAAUUAGGACCCCUAAUAUUGAUCAACUAGCAAAGGAAGGAGUGAAACUUACUCAGCAUAUUGCUGCAGCAUCCCUCUGUACCCCAAGCAGAGCAGCUUUCUUGACUGGCAGAUACCCCAUCAGAUCAGGUAUGGCAUCCAGCAAUACACAGCGAGUCCUUUAUUGGACCGCUGGCUCAGGAGGGCUCCCCACCAAUGAAACAACUUUUGCAAAGCUAUUACAGCAGCGAGGCUACAUAACUGGCCUGAUAGGAAAAUGGCACCAGGGUUUGAACUGUGAAUCUUGCAACGAUCACUGCCACCAUCCUUUGAACCAUGGCUUUGAUUAUUUCUAUGGCACCCCUUUUACCCUUGUAAAUGAUUGUCAGUCUGGGAAGACUCCUGAGGUUGGAGUAAAACAGCGAGCUACCUACUGGUUUUACACAGAGAUAGUUGCGCUUCUGGUGUUCACUCUUCUGCUGGGAAAAGUGACUGGUCUGUGCUCUGUAAAAUGGAAAACAAUUGCCUUCAUCACAUUGUGUGGCAUUUUGUUUUUCUUCUGUUGGUUUGUCAGUUAUGGAUUUGUUAAUUAUUGGAAUUGUAUCAUAUUAAGAAAUCAUGUCAUUCUUGAGCAACCGAUGGAGACAGAGAACUCUGCUUCCAGGAUGCUGAAAGAGAGCAUCUCUUUUCUUGAACGAAACAAAAAAGGACCAUUCCUCCUCUUUGUGUCUUUUUUGCAUGUCCAUACACCACUUGUCACCACAAAAAUGUUUCGUGGGAAAAGCAGGCAUGGUUUAUAUGGUGACAAUGUAGAGGAAAUGGACUGGAUGGUAGGAAAAAUUCUUGCUGCUGUUGAUGAAAAGGGAUUGAAGAAUACCACUUUUACUUACUUCACAUCUGACCAUGGAGGAUUUUUGGAGGCAAACGAUGGAUAUGUCCAACUAGGUGGCUGGAAUGGUAUAUACAAAGGUGGAAAAGGCAUGGGAGGCUGGGAAGGAGGAAUACGUGUGCCUGGAAUAGUUAGAUGGCCUGGAAUGGUCCCUGCUGACACUAUUAUUGAUGAGCCAACACAUCUUAUGGAUGUUUAUCCCACAGUAGCUCACCUGGCUGGGGCAUCAUUGCCACAAGACAGAGUAAUUGAUGGCCAGAACCUACUACCAUUACUGCAGGGAUCAGCACAGCACUCAAAGCAUGAGUUCAUGUUUCACUAUUGUGGGUCAUAUUUACAUGCAGUGCGCUGGUACCAGAAGGAGAGUGGUGCUCUCUGGAAAGCCCAUUAUGUGACUCCAAAAUUCAAUCCAGAGGGGGCUGGAGCCUGUUAUGGACAAAGGAUGUGCCAGUGUUUUGAGGAGGCAGUAACCCACCACAACCCUCCUCUGCUUUUUGAUCUCUUACAUGACCCUUCUGAAGUCAACCCUUUGUCACCAAAUUCUGAGCCACUGUUUAACACAAUUGUAAGUCAAAUCAAAAGAGGGAUGGAUGAGCAUCGCAGGACACUCACUCCUGUCCCCGAACAAUUUGCUGAGUAUAAUAAUAUGUGGAAGCCAUGGCUGCAGCCAUGCUGUGGUACUUUCCCCCUCUGUUGGUGUAAUAAAGGAAGUGGUGAUGAUGACGGUAUAAGUAUUUUUAAAAAUGAGUAA